UACACAAAGAGACGCAUUACUUAUCAUGCAUUGAAUUCGUUAACGUCUCAAGAGCAAACAUAAUCAAGCAACCAAUCGGAGCAUUCAGAUAUCGCGGCUAUCUACGAAAAUAAUAGAUAUUCGGCUGUUGCCAUUGUUUCUGAUUACUUAUUGUUUCGAUAGGAGUUCUGUCGGUGCUAGAAGGAUUGAUAAGAGAUUACCGCGGCCACAGUAACGUUUGAUCCUCCGAGUAAGGAACAUCUCGUUGCGGAGGAAUACAACAGAGCAGCAGUUAACUAAUUGAAUCAAUUGAACGAGUGCCGUCCGCCGGUGAUUGCGGCCCCCGAAGUAAGUCGAUGUGACUGCCCUGUGCGACGAUUCCAUAGUGCCUUAUUGUGUUUAAAGUGAUCAUGUGCAUCUUAGUGUGAUAUUAUGUGAUAUCGGUUUCGCAUAACAAAUGAAAAUCAAAAUGAUAAGAUUGUACAUCAUCUGGCUGGGGUUGGCGUUAAAUGUCUCUUGUAAGGAGUUAACAGACUUAGAAGUGCUAGCGUCAGCGCCAACGAGAUGCACUUACGAGCACGCGUACGACAUGCUUGGAGCCCACUGCGGAGGUCUACGACUCACGAAGAUACCUUCUCUCAGAGGCGGCAUUGAGAUUCUCGACUUCAGUGACAACAAGUUGCAAGAAUUACACGCCGAUACUCUAUCUUCGUAUUCCAGUAUAAAAUUCCUUUAUUUGGCUGAAAAUCAAAUAUACAUGAUCGAUAAAAAUGCCUUCGUGUCACUUUCCUAUCUUGAAACAUUAGAUUUAUCUAAAAAUGUUAUCCUAGCAUUGCCAGAUUCAAUAUUCCAGCUGCCAUCAUUAAGAAAGUUAUAUUUAAAUGGUAACCCAUUGCUUCACAUGAGCUUGAAAGAUCUGACUAUUACGAAGCCAAUACAAGCACCUUUGGAACUACUAGACCUGUCAGAUUGUAAGAUAAAUAAGUUACCCGACUGGGGUAUCUUACCUAAUUUAGUCCUGUAUAAUAUCUCACAUAAUCCUUUAACAACACUCGAACCCCAACACUUUAGUACAAUGUGCAAAUUGGCUAAAGUCGAUUUAACUGAAUCCAUAGACAAUUUGAAAUUAUGCGAAUUAAAAGCGACCGUUAUUUGGUUUCAAGAGAAAAAUGUUUACUUCCAUCUAAGCGAUUACAACAGGUUAAAUACAAGAGAAUUCGACAAUUGUCCAAAGCCAGAAAUAUCAGCGACGUUAAACGCAAGUUACCAUCUUUGUGAAUCAGUUUAUACACAGGUUCAAAAUACAAAAACGUCUCGCAGAACAUGGUUAACUAUAGGGGGAGGUCUGGCUGGCUUUCUGGUCGGCUUUGUGCUUCUCCUAUACAUUAUGCAUCGACAUAACGUCGCGCAAACAAAGAGGACAGCCAAAGAAAAGACUGCAGCCGCCGCUGGUGUUAAGAAUGCGUCCACGGUACUUCUUAAUGACGUCUCUUAAAACCAAGGAGGCAGGAUAGGAGAUUUCACCCCCUUGCACUGUACUAGAUUAUAGACAUAUAUAUUUAGAGAAGUCCUGAAUUUAUCAUUGAAUUAUAGAAUGAUAGAAAUAUCAGAUAAUCGCAACUAAAAACUAUUUUUGUUUGAAUGUCUGGUGAAUAAAAGUGUGAUAGAUGUUGGACCAAACGUAAAACGUUAGUGUUUUGUUGUAGUGUGACAAAUGAAAUGAAGAUUUCAGUAGAUGUUGUCACAUCUACAUGACAUAUUAUUGGCAGUCUAUAAACAACCACAAAGAAAUAUUACGUAGAUAUUUGUAAUCGUAAAUUUAUACUGCCGAAAUACCUGUUAAAACAUGUCUGUAUUGUUAUCUCUGUUUUGUUGAAAGGAAUGAGCGGGAUAAAUAUAUAUUUAUAGACAGGCGUUUUGAUAAUAAAGCUACCUAAUUACCAAAGAUUUUAUUAGCCUGUUAUUGUUUGUUUCUAAAAGACAGUUAAGUGGUUGUGUUAUAUAUUUAGCGUAAUCAAUAAAUAACUUAAUGUAAAAACGAUGUUCAAGACAUAUUUUGUCAAUUUUUUCGUAUGUUUUAUUUGCAAAUUGAUGGGAAUAUUUCUUGUUUGUUUGGACGUGGCUGAAUUAAAUAGGAAUUGUUAAAUUAACUAAAAAAAAUGUUAAUUUUUAGUUCAUGUUCACAUUAGUGUUCGAAAUUUUACUUUGUUUAUAUGUUGUUAAUCAAUAUCGACUUCAAAAUUGUAAAAUGAUAUGUUCGAAUUAUUUUAUUUAAGUUUAGUUAAGUUAACUAAGUAUGAAAACAAUAUAGAGGCUUAUAAAGGCUGAUUAGACGUACUAAUUUCACUGUACAAAAUCAUUUUUGUAAAUCACUUUUUAAUAUAUAACUAUAAUAAAUAACAUAAUAACUUUAUCAUACACAUAUAACUAAGGUAAUUACAAUUCAUUUGCC